AUGCAUCUAUCGCCAGUAUGGUACCAGUUCCUGGUAGGCGUUUUUGCCUCUCUUGGAUCAUUCCUAUACGGAUAUGAUCUGGGGGUCAUCGCCGAGGUAAUUAUCUGCGAGUCAUUCAAAUCCAAGUUCGCCGCAAACGACACGGAAACGGGUUUGGUUGUUUCGCUAUUCACAGCCGGCGCAUGUGUCGGUGCCGGUUUUGCUGGCCCCAGUGGUGACCACUUAGGCAGACGACGGACUAUCUCUUUGGGAUGUUUGGUCUUCACCAUUGGAGGUGGCCUGCAAACUGGCGCGAGAACGAUUGACUACCUGUAUAGUGGACGAUUCCUUGCUGGAUUUGGCGUCGGCUUUCUCACGAUGAUGAUUCCUCUCUACCAAGCCGAGAUCUGUCAUCCUAAAAUCCGUGGUCGAGUGACGGCCCUGCAGCAAUUUAUGCUGGGAGUUGGAGCGCUUUGUGCCACAUGGAUUGGAUACGGAACAUAUACCGGCUUCUCAGAGGAUAAUUCUUCACAAUGGCAACUGCCUCUUGGUUUGCAGAUUGCCCCUGCUGUGUGCUUAGGUCUUUUGAUCUCUUUCUUUCCCGAGUCGCCUCGCUGGCUCAUUGACCACGGCCGGCCCGAAGAUGGAUUACGUACCUUGGCGAAGCUGCAUUCACAUGGGAACGAAAACGAUGCCUGGGUUCGGGCAGAGUUUGCUCAAAUCCAGGAGAGCAUCACAUUCGAGCAUGAGAAUGAGGCCAAGUCGUAUGUCGAGCUAUUGACCAACCGCUCUUCGUUCCGUCGGCUAUUCCUCUGUUGUGCCCUGCAGGCUUCUGUUCAGAUGACUGGCGUAUCCGCCAUCCAAUACUAUUCGCCCGAGAUUUAUGGUCAAAUCGGUAUUUCAGAGGAAGAUACUCUGAAGUAUCAGGCAAUCAAUUCAAUCAUUGCGUUGAUAGCGCAGUUCCUGUGCAUGAUGUAUAUUGAUCGUUUUGGCCGGCGCUGGACUUUGAUCGCUGGAAAUCUCGGCAAUAUGGUGACUUUCAUCGUGGCAACUAUCCUGCUAGCAAAGUUCCCUCCGACGACGAAUAACAGCGGCGCGCAUUGGGGCUUCAUCAUCAUGACUUGGCUGUAUAAUUUCUCAUUCUCGGCAACUUGCGGUCCCCUGUCCUGGAUCAUUCCAGCCGAAGUAUUUGAUACUCGCACACGCGCUAAGGGUGUCUCGAUUGCCACCAUGCUCUCGUUCGCCUUCAACACGAUGAUUGGCCAGAUCACCCCUAUCGCAAUGACAAAUAUUGGCUAUCGAUUCUACUUCAUUUUCGUCAUCUGCAACUUUACCAAUGCGGUCUUCUUCUGGCUCCUGCUUCCGGAGACCAAGAGGGUGCCUCUCGAAGAAAUGAACCAAAUGUUUACAAAUGCGCCAUGGAUUGUGCCAGGAAGUCGUAGGGAAGAGUAUAUGACACAUGAUCUAGAGCGGAAACUUGAAGAACAGGAAGUGAAGCAAAACGCGCUGCAUGUUCAGUAG